AGCCCCGCCCAGCGGACAAAACCUACGCUGGUCCCACGGCCAUGGCUGCACGGUCGGUCGUGCUCGGCAUCGACCUGGGCACCACGUCUGUGAAGGCGGCCGUGGUGGAGGCGGCGCCGGACGACCCAUCGGGGUUCGUGGUCCUGGCCAGCUGUGUCCGGGCCGCGCGGGCCGAGGCGGCGGCCCAGAGCGCGGCGGCCGGGCCCCAGGCGCAGGAGCAGGAUGUGAGUAGAAUCAUCCAAGCCCUAAACGAGUGCCUGGCUGCUCUUCCCCGGCAGCAGCUCCGCCAAGUCGGUGGCAUCGGAGUGUCAGGACAGAUGCAUGGAGUCCUGUUUUGGAAAACAGGCCAAGGCUGUGAAUGGACAGAGGGAGGGGCUGCCCCUGCCUUCACACCCAGAGCUGUGAGCCACCUGGUCACGUGGCAGGAUGGCCGAUGUGACAGUGAGUUCCUGGCUUCUCUGCCUCGGCCAGAGUCCCAUCUCAGUGUGGCCACGGGGUUUGGCUGUGCAACCAUCUUCUGGCUUUUGAAAAAUAGCCCCGAGUUCCUGAAGUCCUACGACGCAGCUGGCACCAUCCAUGACUAUGUGGUUGCCAUGCUGUGUGGCUUGCCAAGACCCCUGAUGUCUGACCAGAAUGCCGCCAGCUGGGGAUAUUUCAACACCCAGAGCCAAAGCUGGAACGUGGAGAUACUGAGGGCCUCCGGCUUUCCCGUGCACCUGCUCCCCGACAUCGCCGAGCCCGCCAGCGUGGCAGGCAGAACGGCCCAUGCGUGGUUUGAAAUCCCGAAGGGCACCCGGGUGGGCGUGGCGCUGGGUGAUUUACAGGCCUCCGUCUAUUCCUGUAUGGCCCAAAGGACAGAUGCAGUUCUCAACAUCAGCACUUCGGUUCAGUUGGCAGCCUCCAUGCCGGUGGGGUUCCAGCCAGCGCAGACUCCAGACCCUGCAGCUCCGGUCGCCUACUUCCCGUACUUCGACAGAACCUACCUGGCGGUGGCAGCCUCCCUCAAUGGGGGCAAUGUGCUCGCCACGUUCGUCCAGAUGCUGGUCCAGUGGAUGGCGGAUCUCGGCGUGGAGGUCGAAGAAUCCACUGUGUAUUCACGCAUGAUCCAGGCAGCUGCAGAGCAGAGAGACACCUGCCUCACCAUCACGCCAACAGUGUUGGGCGAGAGGCAUCUGCCAGACCAGCUGGCCUCCGUGACCAGGAUCUCCUCCGAGGCCCUCUCGCUGGGGCACGUGACGCGGGCGCUGUGCCGAGGCAUCGUUCAGAACCUGCACUCGAUGCUUCCGUCCCAGCAGCUCAGGGAGUGGGGCGUGGAGCGGGUGGUCAGCAGUGGGAGUGCGCUGUCCAGGAACGAGGUGCUGAAGCAGGAGGUGCAGCGGGCUUUCCCUUUCCCAGUGUCCUUUGGGCAGGAUGUGGACGCAGCCGUGGGGGCAGCACUGGUCAUGCUCCAGAGAAACCUCCACCAGGAGGAGUCUUAGUGCGCACACUCUUUGGCCAAAGCACUGUUGCCGAUUUUAUCUAAUUAACAUUCCUGAUGUGAUCCUGGAGUCAUCCUUUCCCUGGACAGCUCUGUGGGCAGCUUUUAAACAAUGUUUGUUCUCAGGCCACCAUCCUGACCAAGAACUUUCCUCCAGGGCACACUCUACUAAUGCAGCCAGAAGUCAGCCACCAGGUCCCCAGUCAGUGCCUCUGACAGAGACUCACCUGGGAGCUGGCUGCCAAUGUCAAUGUGGAAAAAAGGAAAAGAGAAAAGUAACCCAGCAUCACGGUCAGCAGGCUCACCUGUGAUUCACUUGUAGACAAAGAGAAAAUAAAUGUGGACUUCAGACACCAAAAACGCCUGGUGGCUGUGGCUCCGAGUCCGAAGAGAAGACCCGCCCUCCACCCCACCGCCAGCUUAUGGAUUGGUUGUUUCCAGGGAUAGGCAGCUCUGAUGCGGGUCACAUUACUGUCAGAAAAGUCCUUCCCCCUGGACUGGACCACAUGAGCCCUUUCCAGUCUCAGUCUCCCCUGGCCACAGCUGGUUGUGUGGGGUAGGCGGGCUGAGGUGAAGAUGCAGGGGUCUGUGCCUGCCUUCUUGCUAUGGACUCCCCCCAAGGAGAGGAUGCUGUGCUGGGGUGGCCCCAGAUCCUCACAACACAGCUGGCCUGAGGGCAGGGAAUAGGGAAGGAGAGUCGGGCAGCAUGGCCAGCAGGGGGUGGGUGCUGUGUGGCCCCACCACUCACAUUGUUCCCGUGAGACUGACCAGGCCCCCACAGGACCCUUUUCCGGGAGUGGGUCUGAGCAGCAAUGUGUUUUUGCCUCUGCACAACCUUGGAAGCCUUCAGGCAGACUCUGAGGCACCCAGGCAUGCUCCCCCCAGACAGAUGGCCAAUUUAAUCAGAGAGGACCCCUUAUCCCCGAGGCCCCAGCUCUUCUUCCUGUUGGCGUGGGCCUGGCUCGCAGAAACAUCCCACUGGAGUCGGCACAGAGCCUUGCAGGGACCCCGGAGCAUCUUGAACCUUCCCUGUGGUCAGCGGGGAUGACCAUGGCGUGGCUCCCAGGAGAAGGCCACCAUCGCUGUGUCUGCUUCCAGACUCCCCAGGGCCAUCCCAGCCUCGGGCAGACGCCGAGGCACCCAGGCAGCUGUGUGUUGGGGAAGCAGUCCUGCUGUCUGUUUGUAAAUGUCACUUUGUGAAUUGUGAUUGUCUGACGCUCUUAGGUGCCUCUGCCUGGCUGUGCUGAUUGAACUUCAGAUACUAAAACUCAUUCUUCUCGA